CAUUGAAUCCUAAAUAUUCUCCAGCUGGGAAUCAGACAAGGGCAGAAAUGAAGAACCCAGAAGCCCAGCAGGAUGUUUCAUUUUCCCAGGGAUUUCGCAUGUUGUUUUACACGAUGAAACCCAAUGAAACUUCAUUUCAAACGUUAGAAGAGGUGCCUGAUUAUGUUAAAAAGGCAACUCCAUUUUUCAUUUCCUUGAUGCUACUUGAACUUGUUGUCAGCUGGAUUCACAAAGGGAAGUCACCGGGUCGCUUGGAUGACGCUUUAACGUCAAUCUCAGCUGGUGUUCUGUCUCGACUUCCAAGUCUAUUUUUCAGGAGCAUUGAACUGACCAGUUAUAUUUACAUCUGGGAGAACUACAGGCUGUUCAGUUUGCCUUGGGAUUCUCCAUGGACUUGGUAUUUAACCUUCUUUGGAGUUGAUUUUGGCUACUACUGGUUCCAUCGUAUGGCCCAUGAAGUUAAUAUUAUGUGGGCCGGACACCAAACACAUCAUAGUUCUGAAGACUAUAACUUAUCCACGGCACUGAGACAGUCUGUCCUCCAGUUGUAUACUUCCUGGAUUUUCUACUCUCCCCUGGCCCUCUUCAUACCCCCUUCAGUAUAUGCUGUUCAUCUUCAGUUCAAUCUUCUUUACCAAUUUUGGAUCCAUACAGAGGUCAUCAAUAACCUUGGUCCUUUGGAACUGAUUCUUAAUACUCCUAGCCAUCAUAGGGUUCAUCAUGGCAGAAAUCGUUAUUGCAUAGACAAAAAUUUUGCUGGUGUUCUUAUUAUUUGGGAUAGAAUAUUUGGGACAUUUGAAACAGAAAAUGAGAAAGUUGUAUAUGGCUUAACACAUCCCAUUAAUACAUUUGAACCAAUCAAAGUGCAGUUCCAUCACUUAUUUUACAUAUGGACUACAUUCUGGGCCACACCUGGAUUCUUCAAUAAGUUGUCUGUCAUAUUUAAGGGACCAGGAUGGGGUCCAGGUAAACCAAGACUUGGUCUAAGUGAAGAAAUUCCAGAGGUCACUGGGAAAGAUGUUCCCUUCUCAUCAUCUGCAUCUCAGCUAUUAAAGAUAUACACAGUUGUACAGUUUGCUCUGAUGCUAGUGUUUUAUGAAGAGACCUUUGCAGACGCAGCUGCACUGUCACAAGUGACUCUCCUUCUGAGAGUUUGCUUCAUUAUCCUGACCUUGACUUCCAUUGGAUUUCUUCUGGAUCAAAGACCCACGGCAGCUUUUAUGGAAACUCUCCGUUGCUUGAUGUUCCUGAUGCUGUACAGAUUUGGUCACCUGAAGCCUGUAGUCCCUUCCUUGUCAUCUGCUUUUGAGAUUGUUUUCUCCAUUUGCAUUGCUUUCUGGGGAGUUAGAAGCAUGAAACAACUCACGUCUGGCCCCUGGAAAUAACCUGAAUUUGUACAUAAUUCUCUUCUUUUAAUGAGUUGUCCACAAGCAUAUUAAAAUGUAAUUAUCUUA